AUGACUUCUUUAUUAAAAUAUAGAUCAUAUGUACAGAAAUAUUUAAAUAACAACAAUCAUCGUUGUAAUCAACAACAAUCAACAUUAUCCACUUUAAUCAAAUGUUACAAUAGCACCCACAGUAAUAAUAAUAACAAUAACAACAACAAUAAUAUAUAUAGUAAACAACAACAACAACAACCACAAUUUGUUAUUAAUAAUAGUUUUACAUCAUCAUUUUCACUAUCUAAUUUUAAUAAUAGAUAUAAUCACCAACAAAACAAUGAUUCAUUGCUAAAGAGAUACUUUAGUUCACAGCAAUCAAACAACGAAUUACCUAAAGACGAAAAGAAGAAUGAAAAUGAGUCCGAAAAGAAACUAGACGAUCAACCAAAGGAAAACGAAAAUAAAGAUAAUAACAAGGAACAAGAAAAUAAAGAAAAAGAAAAGGAAAAAGAGAAAGAAAAGGAGAAAGAGAAAGAGAAAGAAAAGGAGAAAGAAAAAGAAAAGGAGAAAGAAAAAGAAAAAGAAAAAGAAGAGAAAAAGAAAGAAAAAGAUAGAAAUGAUGCUAAAGAUGGUAGUGAUCUCACAAGUAAUUCAUUGUUUAAUGUCUUGAAGAUUUCAGGUAUUGUAUCAGCUAUUUUGAUUGGUGCAGGAUUGGCAAUCAACAAUCUUGGAGAUAAAGGAUAUAUAGAUUAUCAUACAUUCCGAUCGGUACUGUUGCCAUCGGGUACUAUCUACAAGAUUUUGAUUCAAUCGAACGUUGCCUACAUCUAUGUAAAGACAUCGGAAGGAUUGCGUGUAUAUAAAAUCAACGUGCCAAACGUCGAUGAUUUCCAGAGAAAGUUGGAGCAAGAUCAAGUGGAUCUGGGCGUCGAGUUGGGCGACCAAAUAUUUGCCAGCUACGUCAAGGAGAACCGAAUCGUAAAGGAGAUACUAGCGGUGCUCCCCACUGUAUUCUUUAUCGCUGCGAUCACCUAUUUCUCGAGAAACCUGGGUGGAACACUCGGUAAAGGUCCUGGCGGUAUCUUUGGCAAGUCGAAGGUGACUCGUGGUCAGUCGACAACCACCUUUAAGGACGUCGCCGGUAUGGACGAAGCCAAAGAGGAGAUCAUGGAGUUUGUAUCGUUCCUAAAGAAUCCACAAAAGUACAAACGUCUCGGUGCCAAGAUCCCAAAGGGUGCCAUCUUGGUCGGUCCACCCGGUACCGGUAAGACGCUCAUCGCCAAGGCGACAGCCGGUGAGUCGGGCGUUCCUUUCUUUACAAUCUCGGGUUCCGACUUUAUUGAGAUGUUUGUUGGUGUUGGUCCAUCGCGUGUUCGUGAUCUCUUCAAGGAGGCACGUGAGAAUGCACCGUGUAUCGUCUUUAUCGAUGAGAUUGACGCCGUUGGAAGAUCUCGUUCGCGUGGUGGAUUCCACAAUGACGAGCGUGAAAACACUCUGAAUCAGCUGUUGGUGGAGAUGGAUGGUUUCGGUUCGACCGAAGGUGUCGUUGUAUUCGCCGGUACCAACAGACCGGAUGUUCUCGACUCUGCUUUGUUGCGUCCAGGUCGUUUCGAUCGUACCAUCUACAUUGGCGAGCCCGACAUCAAGGGACGUAAAGAUAUCUUCAUGGUGCAUCUAAAGAACAUCAAAAUCGACGGCGACAUGGAAGAUCUCGCCAAAAAGUUGGCUACUCUCACCCCGGGAUUCAGUGGUGCCGACAUCUCCAACGUCUGUAACGAAGGUGCUUUGAUUGCCGCACGUAAGAACGCAUUGAAAGCGAAUUUCAAGCACUUUGAGGAGGCCAUCGAACGUGUGUUGGUCGGUCUCGAAAGAAAGAACCGUGUGCUCUCCAAGGAUGAGAGAAAUAUCGUUGCACACCACGAAGCCGGACACGCCAUUGUCGGUUGGUUCCUCGAGCACACCGACCCGCUGUUGAAGGUGUCGAUCGUGCCAAGAGGAAUGGGAACAUUGGGAUUCGCACAAUACCAACCAAAGGACCAGUAUCUCUACACUCGUGAGCAGCUAGAGGAUCGUAUUUGUGUGACUCUGGGUGGACGUGUCGCCGAGUCGAUCAUCUUUGGCCGAAUUUCAACGGGUGCACAAGACGAUCUCGAAAAGGUGACCAACAUCGCAUCGUCAAAGGUUGUUCAUUUCGGAAUGAAUGAGCGUGUCGGUGUCAUCUCGUUCAAGAAGGAGAAUAGCGACAUCACCGUUGAGAAACCAUACAGUGAAGCGACCGCCAGAAUGAUGGACGAAGAGAUUAGAAAGAUCGUUAUGAAUGCUUACGAUCGUACUCACAAGCUGCUUAUGGAGAAGAAAGAUGAACUCCUAAAGGUUGCCAACGUACUAUUGGAGAAAGAGGUUCUACUUAGAGACGAUCUUCGUGAACUUCUCGGUCCAAGACCUUAUGGUGAACAAACAACAUGGGCUGAACUUACAGGUGAAGUUGAACCAGCGAAAUCAACCGCAUCAUCUACAAUCGAAUCAACAACAAACAACACAUCAACCACUGAAACCAACACACCAAUCGAAUCUUCAACAACAAACAACGAACAACAACAAAAAUCCGAUAACACUGAAACAAAAUCAACUCAAUAA